UCGUUCUGUUGGAAUUCAGCGUGCAGCUGCGGCUUCACAUCUGCGCUUCUCUGUUGUUCACUCAGGUAGGAUUGGAUUUGAGCACAAACGCAUACCUCAACAAGAAUGGCUAUCGCAAUCGUCAAGAUCGGAAUUUCAUUGAAAAUGCUACCAAAUAACAGUGCCGUGUUCUUCAAAUCGGACGGUGGGAGAUUUGGCCAAACCAGGACGAUUAAAUUGCUAACGGGGUCAAAGUACAAGAUUGAAGUGGUUGUCAAACCUGGGGCUGCAGAGGCAACCACUAUGAGUGUAGGCGGAGUCAUCUUCCCCUUGGAGCAGAAGUCUAGAGACCCCCAGUCUGUAGUCUACACUGGCGUCUACAACACAGAGGGCAUGACUCACACCAAGAGUGGAGACAGACAAGCUGUACAGAUCAGCUUGCAGUUCACAGAGGUGGGCUCUUUUGAAGUGGUGUGGCAGGUGAAGUACUACAACUACAACAAGAGGGACCACUGCCAGGGAGGCAACAGUUUCAACAGCAUCGAGUACGAGUGCAAGCCCAACGAGACACGCAGCCUGAUGUGGGUCAACAAGGAGCUGUUCGUCUGAUGGACCAACCAACACAGACAGCAUCAGGGUUGUGUUCAUUAGGCACCAAAACAGAAGUUAACGUAGUGAAACUGGGCGUUACAAUUUUUAUUUUUUUUACCUUUACCAGAUUUGUACCUUGCCAGCUCGGGGGUUUGAACUUGCAACCUUCUGGUUACUAGUCCAACGCUCUAACCACUACCUGAAAUGACAAAAGCUGAAGAACAUACGCACAUCUAGGUACUUUCCGCAGGUGCUGGAGUUGUAGGCAAACUCAUGGAAAACAGAAAGGAAAACGCCUCACCUGAAAUUAGCCAAUGAAAAUACCUGUUACAGUUUUCCGUUUCAAAAUGUUUUGCUACGGUGUUCCCUAUUGAACACGACCCUGAUGUCACUGAAAUGAGAGAUGGAUGACAAUCAGCUGCUGUGUGUUUCAGCUGUAGCCAGCGUGUAAACCCCUCAAAGUGGAUCAUUUGCUGACUACUCGUGAAACUGUUAACCCAAACAUCUUUUCCUCAGAGUCUGUUGUGGCAUAAUGUUCACCCUCGGGUGUAUUCUGUUCCAUGGAGGGCUUGUAUGUGUGUGUUAUCUAUUUAUAUGUAUGAAGGCAGUGUGUUAAUAUGGAUGUGUGUGUGUGUGUGUGUGUGUGUGUGUGUGUGUGUGUGUGUGUGUGUGUGUGUGUGUGUGUGUGUGUGUGUGUGUGUGUGUGUGUGUGUGUGUGUGUGUGUGUGUGUGUGUGUGUGUGUGUUAUAGUACUGUAAUGAGCAGUCUGUGUGUUUAUUUAUUUAUUUAAAAAUUGUUUUAGCUUUUUUUGUUCAAUUAAAAUGUUGUCCCAUGUGUCGUUUUCCCAUGUGUUGACAGAGUACAAGUAGUAUAGGACAUCUGUAGAAGUGAGUGUUUACAUUUUACAAGAUUUUACUAAAUAUUUUCACUAAUUAAAUCAUUAAAAUUAUCUUAUUUUUGAAUUGGGCUGAUUUUGACUAAUCAAAAAUCGAUGUUAGCCAGCACUUGUGUAUCAUAUUUCUCUAACAAGAUGUUAGCCAGCACUUGUGUAUCAUAUUUCUCUAACAAGAUGUUAGCCAGCACUUGUGUAUCAUAUUUCUCUCUUUAUUUUUGUCAAAUUAAACGUUUUAUUAUAUUAGUUGGGAAAACACUAUCAAUACUGAACAACAAUAUAUACGCAACAUGUAAAAUGUGAGAUAGAUUUGGGCCAAACUGUAACUCAGCAAAAUCUUUGAAAUUGUUGCAAUGUUGAAUUUAUUUUGUUGUUCAGUAUAUAUAUUUUUUAAACAAUAUAACUUACUAUGAGAUAUGUAGUGAAAAUGCAACAAAAUGUUGUUUAAUUAUCAGAGCACUGUGCAAUGUUACGACAUCUUUAAUAGAUUGUGGAUAUGUUGUUAAUCUAAUUCCUGGUAGUUUUAACAUUUUGUGGAGGUAUUUGUAAAUAUAGUAAAUAUAUUUGGGAAGA